UAAGUCUCGGGUCGCGAGGGCCGCUGCUGCCGUUAGCUGGGCGGGGCAAGGCCAAGCGAGCGGGCCGCCGCCCCCGGGAAAGGCCGUGCCGGUACCUCCACUGGAGCAGGUGCAUGCCCCGGGGCCCAGCGGCUCCCUGCGCCGCCCGCCUCGCCGCGGAGCUACGGGAGAGGGUUAGCAAUGGUACGUAGUGGAAAAAAUGGUGGGCUCCACCUGAAGCAGAUUGCCUACUACAAACGAACAGGAGAGUAUCAUCCUACAACAUUAUCAAGUGAAAGAAGUGGAAUCAGGAGAGCAGCCAAAAAAUUUGUUUUCAAAGAAAAUAAAUUGUUUUAUGUUGGAAAAGACAGAAAACAAAUGCGCCUGGUAAUUGUUUCAGAUGAAGAGAAGAAAAAGGUGCUUGAGAAAUGCCACGAAAAUGCUGCUGGCACUCAUCAUGGCAUAUCAAGGACACUGACUUUAGUGGAAUCUAAUUACUACUGGACCUCUGUAACAAAUGAUGUCAAGCAGUGGGUGUAUGCUUGCCAGCACUGCCAAGUGGCAAAGAAUACAGGCACCACAGCACCCAAAACACACCCUAUCAAAGCAGAGGACCCGUGGACAGCAGUCACUAUAGACCUAAUGGGACCUUUUGAUGUUACCAAGAGAAGCCACAAGUACAUCAUAAUCAUGACAGAUUUGUUUACAAAAUGGGCUGUUAUCUUGCCGCUGCAUGACACUUCAGCAGCUGAAAUUGCUAAGGCAAUCAUAGAGGUGUUUUUCUUAUAUGGGCCACCUCAGAAAAUGCCUAUUGAUCAAGGGAAGGAGCUUGUUUGUCAGAUAAAUGAAGAACUCUUUGCACUGUUUGGCAUGAAACAAAUUGUAUUGUCUUACCAUCAGGCAGAUGAUGUAAAUGAAAUAACAUGCAAGACAAUCAAAGUGUUCCUUAACAAAUACUGCACUGACCAUCCAAAUGAUUGGGAUGAACAUUUGUCUGCUAUUGCCUAUGCUUUCAACUUGACAAAUUUGGAGCCAGAUCAGAGCACCCCAUAUUUCCAAAUGUUUAAUCGAAACCCAAAUGUUGUUGAGACAAUGAAUAUAUGUGUGGAAGAAGAAUGUAGUAUGUUUGCCAAAAUAUUUGAAGCAACUAAAAAAGCCAGUCAAGCACUGGAAGAAGAGAAAACCUCAGAUUGCCAGGUGGAGAAAAACACUUCAGAUGAACAGAAAAUCAGAAGCAAAAUCCCUGUCAAAAGGAAGCCAAAGCAAUUAAAUACCCUUAGACUUAAAGUUGGUCAUGAAGUCCUCAGGCAAAGAAAAAACUGGUGGAAAGAUGGUCGCUUUCAGUCAGAGUGGGUUGGUCCUUGUAUAAUAGACUAUAUCACAGAUAAUGGCUCUGCAAUAUUAAGAGAUGCCACAGGGUCCAGGCUGAAAAGACCCAUCAAGAUGUCUCACCUCAAGCCAUACAUAAGAGGGUCCAGUGAAAAAGACAACCAUAAUUUUUUACAAGGUGCAGUAGUUGUUGACCAUGACUAUAUUGGGUUAUCUGAAAGAUCCUGCAAUCCAAGCCAACAAGACAUUAUUGCUGAAGGGGAAAUAAAUGCCUACACAAGAGAUGUCAUGUCUGUUGUGCAAAUGCCACCUGCAGCCUGCAAAGACCAAGAAUCAACAGAUGGUAAACAUCAGUCUGAGCUGACAGAAGAUCAUUGCGCUGAGUCAAACAAUGCAAAGCUGAAGCAAUGGCCAUCACCUUGUUGGACACUUCAAACAAAGACAGAGGAUACUUAAGCAUAGUCUCAUGUCAUGUGUCAUUGCCAAACAGUUCGGAACUUCUGUGGCAGGCUGAAAAAACCCGUAGUAUCUCCAAAUUCCUUACUUAGAUCUACAUUACUAUUUUAUGAAUAUGAGAGUACUACAGGUGUCCACUGGGUAAUUUGUAUGGGCAUUCAGAAGGCAUUGCUCUGUUACCAAAACAUAGGCACCAUCUAGUGAAAGCACAUGUUCUACUACUCUAUGAAUUAAAGAACAUCAUACGUCUCCAGUGGUUAAUUUACAUGGGCAUUGAGAAGCACUCACUCAGUGCCCAUGUACUGACCAAUAACAGAGGCACAACCUAGUGAAAACACAUGUCCUCAUCAUGCAUUUGAAUUUCAGAUUUUGUUGGUAGAAUGGCAGUACCUUGCUGUUAUCCUGUCAGGCUACAUUGCGUCAUUUCACUGUAAUGACCUUUUCAUGAAUUCUUACUUGACUCAUUCCUAACGUGCAGAGAUACUGUGGGAUGAAUAUAAUCUUGAUGUAAAUUUUGCCUCCACUGUAGAGAAUCCUUUUCCUGUUAUAAAACAGAUUUGUUGUUUUUUUGGGGUUGGGUUUUUUUUUUUCUGAGAAGCUGCAGACUGUGACUCGUUAGUUUCUCUAAGAUCUCACAAAACAGUAAAGCUGCCAAAAUCAA